CGCCUCAAGAGUCAAUCGACCAUGCUGCUGCGCGAGAGUGUCAUCCUGCUGUGCGCCCUGGCGGGGGCGCUGUCGGUGCCGGCCAGGCUGAGGCGCGGCCUCGACGUGGGGCUGCAGAUCAUCGGCGGCGACACCGCGGACAUCGCCGACUUCCCCUACCAGGUUUCCAUGGAGAAGUACGGCGAGCACGACUGUGGUGGAUCCAUCCUGAACAAGCAGUGGAUCCUCACUGCGGCGCACUGCCUCUACAGCAGCGUCAAGGCGACCGACGUGGGCGUGCGGUACGGCACCAGCACCCAGGGCCAGGGCGGCACACUGCUGGCCGCCAAGUUCGUCGGCUACCACGACAAGUACGUCCACGACCUGCACCAGCACGACGUGGGCCUCAUCCAGGUGGACAAGGACAUCGUCUUCUCCCUGCUGGCGCGGCCCAUCGCCAUGGUGGACGUCGACGCCGAGAUCGACUCCUCCGCCGUCCUGAUGGCCUCCGGCUGGGGUACCCUGCACUCCGGCGACUGGGAGGGCCCCACGCAGCUGUACGCCGUGCUGGUCCCCUACGUGCCGCGCGCCACCUGCCGCGUCUCCUACGGGUGGCUUGGCAAGGUCGUCGACGACUCCAUGAUCUGCGCCGGCGUCUCCGGCAAAGACACCUGCCAGGGAGACUCCGGCGGCCCGCUGGUCAACGACCUGGGCAUCCAGGUGGGCGUCGUCUCGUGGGGCCACGGCUGCGGCAGCCCCGGCUUCCCCGGCAUCUACGCCGACCUGGCCAACGAGGAGAACCGCAAGUGGAUCACGGACACCUCCGGCGUCGCGUAGAGCCCUCCCUGGCACCAAAGCGCCACUCGACACGCUCCAUUCAUUCCAA